UCGCAAAAGACGAAAAAGUUUCCGAUCUCAGAAAGAGAGAACACACAAACGCAGAAACUAAAAGCUCUUUUUGGUUCGCUCUUUCAUCAGAUUCUCCGAUCGGUCUACGGUUUUGAUGUGAUAAGAAUCCUUUUUCUCAGCCAAACACUGUAUCCAAAUUAGUCCGGAAAAUGUCACUCACUCCUGAUUUAUCAAAGAAAGUGGGAUUAGGGAUUGCACCGUCUCCAAAUCCUUUUCUGACGCCUCGUCCAGAACGGCGGCGUACGGAUCCGAGAAUGGUGGACUGGAACUCAAACCGUCAGGACAGGGAUAAAGAGACAAAUGUGCAAGUUCUGCUUAGAUGCAGGCCAUUAAGUGAUGAUGAGCAAAGGUUGAAUGUGCCGAAGGUGAUAUCAUGUAAUGAACAUAAAAGAGAAGUGUCUGUUUCGCAAAAUCUAGCUAACAAGCAAGUAGAUAGAAUUUUCACCUUUGACAAGGUUUUUGGGCCCAAAGCACAGCAAAGAUCUAUAUAUGACCAAGCCAUUGCCCCAAUUGUUAAUGAAGUUCUCGAUGGAUUCAACUGUACAGUCUUUGCAUAUGGACAGACAGGGACUGGUAAAACAUAUACUAUGGAGGGUGGGAGGAGAAACAAGGGUGGGGAUUUGCCUGCUGAGGCUGGAGUUAUUCCUCGGGCUGUUCGUCAAAUUUUUGAUAUGCUUGAGGCACAAAAUGCUGACUAUAGUCUGAAAGUAACAUUUUUGGAGCUGUACAAUGAAGAAAUAACUGAUUUACUGGCUCCAGAAGACAAUUCAAGAUCAACUGAAGAUAGACAAAAGAAACCUAUUUCCUUGAUGGAGGAUGGAAAGGGUUGUGUGGUUCUAAGAGGCCUUGAAGAAGAAGCAGUAUACAGUGUAAAUGAAAUUCAUAGUCUCUUGGAACAAGGGGCGGCCAAAAGGCGUACAGCGGAUACCUUGUUAAACAAGCACAGUAGCCGUUCUCAUUCUAUCUUUACCAUCACCGUCCAUAUAAAGGAAGCAGCUGUUGGUGAUGAGGAGCUAAUUAAGUGCGGCAAGCUUAAUCUUGUUGAUUUGGCAGGAUCAGAGAAUAUAUCUCGGUCAGGUGCACGGGAGGGUCGAGCAAGAGAAGCAGGGGAGAUAAACAAAAGCUUACUCACCUUAGGCCGCGUUAUAAAUGCCCUUGUGGAACAUUCUGCUCAUAUACCUUACAGGGAUAGCAAGCUUACGAGGCUAUUAAGGGACUCUUUAGGAGGGAAAACAAAAACUUGCAUCAUUGCUACAGUUUCUCCCUCUGUUCAUUGUUUGGAAGAAACUCUAAGCACAUUAGAUUAUGCCUGUCGUGCCAAAAACAUAAAAAACAAACCUGAGGCCAAUCAGAAAAUGUCCAAAGCUGUGUUGCUCAAGGAUUUGUAUUUGGAAAUUGAGAGAAUGAAACAAGAUGUUCGAGCAGCAAGGGAAAAGAAUGGUGUUUAUAUUCCGCUUGAAAGAUUUGCCAAGGAAGAAGCUGAAAGGAAGGCAAGUAAAGAGAAGAUAGAGCAAUUGGAGAAUGAUCUCAACCUCAGUGAGAAGCAAGUGGAUAGGUUUCGAGAGCUCUAUUUGACUGAGCAAGAACAGAAACUGGAUGUGGAAAGUGAGCUCAAGGACUGCAAGGUAAAUCUGGAAAAAAGUAGCAAGACAUUGCUUGAUCUUCAAGAAAGUUACAGGUUAGCCAUCACAAUGUUGAAGGAAAAGGAGUCUAUCAUUUCCAAACUGCAACGCUCAGAAAAUUCUUUAAUUCAAUGUGCAAAGGAGUUGCGCACCAAUUUGCAGAGUGCAUCAGAGGAUAUAGCUUCAUUAUUUGCAAAAUUAGAUCAGAAAGACAGGAUGGAAGCAGAAAACCAGAGCAUGGUUUUGACUUUUGGUUCUCAUCUUGAUCAGCGCUUAAAAGACCUGCACAGGACUGUCCUGGGGUCAGUUUCUCAACAACAGCAGUACUUAAGAUGUAUGGAAGAACAUGUCUGCUCAUAUCUUGCUAGUAAAUGUGAUGCAACACAGGCUCUUGAAUCAAGGAUUACGAAAAUGACAGAGACUUAUACUUCUGGAGUAGCAACCUUGAAGGACCUUGCCAAUGCAUUGCAAAGGAAAGCUUCCUCAGACCUGGAGCAGAUAAAUUCUACAAUCUCAUUGCAAGCAACGGCAGUUGAGAAUUUUCUUGUCACUGCUGUUUUGGAGGCCAAGGAGGUUAUUUGCGACAUCCAAAAUUCUCUUGAUGAGCAAAAACAGUUACUGGCUUUCUUCACUCGACAACAGGAAGAGGGGUUACAACGUAGUUUGGUUUCAGCACAAGUAAUUUCAAAGGAAACCGUGAGCUUCUUUAAUAAUCUGCACCAUCAUGCUUCUAAAGUGAUGACAGUUCUUGAUGAAAGCCAAAUUCAGAGAUCCAACCAAUUCAUAAAAUUUGAGAAGAUGUUUAAGGAUGAGGCUGCUAUAGAGGAAAAGCAGGCUUUGGAGAAAAUUGCAGGAAUAUUAGCAAGAUUGACAUCUAAGAAAGCUGCUAUGGUCUCAAAGGCAUCAAGGAGAAUCCAGGACUCAAGUAUACAAGAGAGCACAAAAUUGAAGCAAGAGAUGUCCGAGAUGCAGCAAGUUUCAACUGUUGCUAAGAAGAAAUUGAGUGAGUACAUGGAAAAGUUGGAAAGUCAUUUCAUGGAAGACACAUUCUCAGCUGCCGAGUCUAGGGCUAUCAUGGAAGAUUGUUUCCAUGAGUGCUCAAAGAGGGUGGAUUAUUCUGGGCAGCAGUGGGAAAUUGCCCAGUCAUCCAUUAAAGGUCUUAACAAGAUUGGCAUUGCAGAUAUAGGAUCUACUAUUAUGGAAAAUAUAUACGCAAAUCAUUUUGCAUAUGAGGAAUUUGUAUCUACAUCUUCCUCUGUAAGUGCAGAUUUCAAUGCUGGAGCCUGUGACAUGCUUGCCACUGUUGAAGAUUCUCUAAUGCUGGACCGUGAAAAUAAGAAGGAAAUAGACUCCACAACAGCCUUGUGCUUGGAUCAGCUUAAAUCUAUACAAGAGAAGCAUGGUGAAAGCAUAUCAAAUAUCCGAAGCCAAGCAGAAAAGUGCCUAAUAAAAGAUUAUUUGGUCGAUGAGCAUAGUCGUACAACACCUAAGAAACGAGUUAUAGUAGUGCCAAGUUUGGCAUCAAUUGAAGAGAUGAGAGAACCUGACUUUGAAAUGGACAAAGAAGCCAAUACUUCAGAGAAUAGAUUGAAAUGGACUCCCACAGAAAGCAAGAUCCCACAUCCAACAGUCUCACCUAUACUUCAGAGAACUCCUUUUGCAGAUGUCAAUUGAUAUUGACUAGAAAAAUGUUUAGUUAGAACUCUUAAUGCAGGAUGGGAAGGUAAUCUAAGCAAAUGGAUAGAUCAAGGUAUGCUUCUUUGUAUGUUAAUCAAAACUUUUCGUUUCAACCCAGAACCUGCUCAUCAACUGAUGAGUAUGAGUCUGAAUAUCAUGUCAAGAUAUGUAUCUUAUAUAGAAGUUUAAUAGUUCGUAAUGGCAUUAAAUAAUUCUUUCUUUUUUCUUUUUAAGCAUGCUGUGAGCAAUUUUCAAUUCAAUAGCACGUGCUUAAAUAGAUAUAUCAAUUGAUU